GGCGCUGGAGGCUCAACACGAGCCACUGGUGACGUUGGCUAAUCCUUUUCACUUUUGCUCUCAGACAUGAAAGAGUCCACAGAAGAGACACAAGAUGCCUCAGGAGCAGGACACUCUCUGCUAUAAAAUAAGAGAAGGACUGACUAAAUGGAGGGAUAUUUUCACAUGGCAACUGUUUAAAACUCUGCUGAUGGGACAAGGCCUCUCAGCACUGAUCUGUGGGACUGCUGUAACAUCUCAGUAUCUGGCGUCCGUUUACUAUCUGAGUACAGCCAUGCUGCAGAGCUUCAUUAAUUACACCCUUCUGGGCAUCACUUACACCAUUGCACUGAUCUUCAGACGAGGUGAUGGCAAUAUUUUGCAGAUAUUAAAGACAAAAUGGUGGAAGUAUCUAUUGUUAGGACUGACAGAUGUGGAGGCAAAUUACGCAGUGGUGAAAGCAUAUCAGUACACCACAUUAACCAGCAUACAGCUGCUGGACUGCUUUAUUAUCCCGGUUUUGAUGAUCUUGUCCUGGUUCUUCCUGAAGACCCGCUAUAGGAUCAUUCACUACGUAGCUGUAUGUCUUUGUCUGGCUGGGGUGGGAGCCAUGGUGGGAGCGGACAUCCUCGCUGGCCAGGACCAGGGAUCUUCAAGUGACAUUCUCCUCGGUGACGGUCUGGUUCUAGUCAGUGCCACUCUGUAUGCCAUCUCUAACGUGUGCCAGGAAUACACAGUGAAGAAUCUGAGCAGGGUGGAGUUUUUGGGCAUGGUCGGUCUCUUCGGGUCAAUCAUCAGUGCAAUACAACUAGGGAUUCUUGAACAUAAUGAAGUGUCUAAAAUUCAGUGGACGUGGGAAAUUGCUCUUAUCCUGGCUGGAUAUGCGCUCUGCAUGUACGGCUUCUAUAGCUUCAUGCCUGUGGUGAUAAAGAUGAGCAGUGCCACAGCGGUAAAUCUUUCCUUACUCACUGGAGACCUCUUCAGCCUGUUUUGUGGGCUCUUUUUGUUCCAAUACACUUUCUCAGGACUGUAUAUUGUGUCAUUGGUGGUGAUCCUCGUUGGUUUCAUGAUGUUUAACACCGUCCCUACCCUGAACCGAGCUCUUGCCCCGGCAUCUGAUGAGGAAGGCUGUGACAAUCACGCCGCUGAGUUUGAUAACGACAGCACUCAAGGCUGUGUGGAUGAGAUAACCUGUGCACAAUCAGAGCAAGAUCAAAUCAAGAGCCAAGUGAAUCAAAGGCAGUCAUCAUGUGUCGUCAUAAACAGUGUUAAAAUGUAGUUUUGUUAACUCCAUGUUAAA